UUGUGAUCAAAUGCGAGCAAACAAAAGAACUGAAAAGAGUAGCUUUGAAGAACUUAGAAAAGCGACUACUUCUUGCCUUCGGGACGGAAACCACUUUGUUCAAACAGAGAACCUUACCAAAUAUCAUUCCUUGGUUUAUGCUUUGUGUUGUGACCCUGACAGACCGAGAGCUGAGGAACUGUACAAAUGGUUAAAGAAGACUUUUCUGGAGUAUACCAAGGAAAUAUUCCAAGAGUUUACGAAUAGCGAGUCUUAUAUAGCAUAUAAGUGUUUGAGAAAACAAAGGAAAGAAAGUUAUCCUGGAGAGCAAAGUACAGAGAAGUAUACAGAAAGCAAAGAAAACUUGAGUUAUGUCUCAACCUUAUUGGAGCUUGAGAAUGAUAACUUCGUGCAACUUAGAAAAUAUACUGUGCUCUGGGAAAGUUUCUGUGCUGGUUUACAAGCAGCUACAUUUAUUUUUUCAUAUUUGGAACGUAGUUGGAUAACAGAAAGGAAAAAAGGAGGCAUACUUGAAACUAGAGGGGUGUAUGACAUAUAUACUUUGGGUGUUUUAACUUGGAAGGACCACCUUUUCCGACAUCUCAGGGAAUGGAUUGUCAGAAACACACUCUCGUAUGUUUAUUAUCUGCGCCAAAAGAAGCUUGAUGUUCAUGUUGUACAAACUGUCGUACACAGUCUCCUACGUAUGGGUACUGUAGAAGCCAUCGUUCAAGAAGAGGACUCAGAGGAGGAGGACCUUGCAUUGUCUAUUUAUAGAAACAAGUUCGAGAAACCUUUCCUAGAGGAAACCUCGCGGUAUUAUCAUAAGCUAGGAACCGAGUUAAAGGCAAGUUAUAGGCAAGUCGAAAUUUGUUUAAAUGAAGAACAACGGUUGUCAGAACAAUUCUGUCAUUCUUCUUCCAUGGCUCUUUUAAGAAACCGUUGUGAAGAUGCUCUUAUAGUGAAACAUUUGGAUAUAUUUUACUCAUUGAGCGACAUGUAUUUAAGAGAUAGCCAAGAAGAAGAAUUGCGACUUGUAUAUAGACUACUUUCAAGGGUCCCUGGGGCAUUAAAGCCUGUUCAGGACAGUUUGAAAACCAUAUUGAUUGAUUGGGGAAGUGAAAGUCUUGGGCCUUUUAAGGAACGAACAGAGAGCAAUAUGAUGCCAACGUCGCCGCUAUUAUCAGGAAAGCAGGAUAAUGGAAAAGAUUGCAAGGAACAUAUGAGUAGUCUUGAGAAAUCUAUGAUGGAAUAUGAUGCAUUUGCAGAACAAGAAGCAGAGUCCUUCGUGAAUGCCGCAUGGAAUAUAUAUAUACAUUCUAGGAAGCUUGUAGAAGAAGCCUUUAUGAAUGACGAAGGCUUUAUUUUGGCUCUAGAACAAGGCUGCAACAAGUUCUUUAACAGCGUUUCUUGUGCUCCUCAUUUACUUGCUCGAUUCUGUCAUAAAAUGUUAGAACGGCCUGAAAGUGAUCUGGACUUUACAGAAGAAGAACGUGAAAACAGAUUGGUCAAAGUGACUCGUCUUUUCAGACUUUUAGAAGAGAAGGACCUGUUUCAGCGCCUAUAUUCAGUGAAGUUAGCGAGACGUUUAAUUUAUGGAACUUCUGCUUCGACAGAUGCUGAGGAAGCGAUGUUAGCACGCCUAAGAGAGACAUGUGGCCAAGACUAUGUUUCACAGCUACAAAGAAUGUUUACUGAUUGUCAAACAAGUCGAGAAGAGGUUAUUUCUUUUCGUUCUUCGCCAUAUGGAGGAAUUCCUUUAGGUUUUGAAUUUUCUGUUAUGGUAUUGACAGCUGGUUCUUGGCCUAUUGAUCCUUCUACCUCAAAGAACAGCUGUAAGGAAUACAGCAUGAGUUAUAGUGAUAUACAUUCGCUGCCAAGCAUGUUUUCUAAGGCUGUUGAAGCAUUCUCAGAAUAUUACUCUGAAAAAUUUGAAGGUAGAAGACUUAUGUGGCUUCAUUCUCUUUCAAAAGUUGAUCUUCGAGCCAAUCUAUGGUCGCACAAACCCAGUUCAAAAUCCUGGUGUGAAUUGCAGGUGUCCUUUCCACAAGCUCUUAUUCUUCUAAAGUAUAACGAUCGUAUCACAAGCACAUUUUCUGAAUUGCAUGACGCUACGGGUUUGGAGACUGAAGAAGUGAAACUAUCGCUGAAGAUUCUAAUUGGCUGUGGCAUUUUGCGUGUCUCUAGUAAUGACUAUGAGUUGAUAGCAGAUUCUAGCCAGUCGAAUAGAAUAGAUGAUAUUAUAGUUUCUUUGAACGAUGAAUUCUCUCCAAGGAAAAGAAAGAUGAAACUUGCCAAUCUCUUAGAACCCGAGAUGAACAAGGAAAGCUCUGAUGUAGAGAAUAGUAGGAGGAAGAUGGAAGAGGAUCGUCGGUUACAGAUUCAGGCGUGUCUUGUCCGUAUCAUGAAACGUUAUCGUCGAGCCAAUUUAUCAUUUUUGAUAGGUGAAACUGUUUCCUUGCUGAGUCAUCGAUUUAAGGCAGCUGUUUCAGAUAUUAAGCUCAAUUUGGAAUCUCUGGUUGAGAAGGACUAUAUAGUUAAAGUGGAUGAUGCCGCAGAUACUUUUGAAUAUGUGGCUUAAAAGAUGGGCUUAUUGUUCCAUAUGAUGUAAAUAUCGAUUGAA